AUGGUGGACGAGAUGGAUACAUGUUAUAUUUCGGCGGCAUGUAAUCGCACCCCACACUCCACGAGUUGGGGAAAAAAUGGUGUCAUUGCUUUCGGAUCAUCGGCAGCAGUUGCACUUUAUGAUUGUCGGGCUCAAGACAAAGUUGGCCACAUUACUGAGACAUUAGUUGGUCACAAAGACAGGGUGAACUGUGUCAGGUGGAUCCCCAAUGAAGAUGGAAACGUAACUGAACUUGUGUCGUGUUCUGUUGACAAGACAGCUCUAGUUUGGACUGAGAAAGAUGGGAAGAUUUCCAUCACAGCUAGACUAACAGGUCAUAGCAGCAGUAUCAAUGUUGUGGAAGGGUUCUAUGUACCACAGAGAGACCGUGGCGUUACUGGUGAGAAUGCUCGCACGAUCGUGGCAACGGUUUCUGUUGAUAGUACAGUGAAGAUCUGGCAGCGUCAAGUUGGGGGAGUUGACUUCAGUUGUACCCAAACUAUACCAUUCGGGUCUGGCUUUGCUCUCAACGUCAGCUUCACAUUGAUACCUGGUACGAGUGUCCCGAUGAUGGCAGUAGGUGCGGAUGACCAGCGAGUGCAUAUAUUUGUGGAGCAGGAUAAUGAGUUUGUCCGCGUUCAUGCGUUGUUGGGUCACGAGGAUUGGAUCCGGGGAGUGCAGUUCGCUACUGAUGACAGUGGCGACCUCUUGCUUGUUACUUGUGGUCAGGACUGCUUCAUUCGUUUAUGGCGUUUCUCGGCGCGUGACCCAGAUGCAGUGACAUCACAGCUGAACAUCAAAGAGUUGUCAAUUCAUCAAGAAAUCAAACUGAAAGAGAACACAUUUACAUUUCAAGACGGAGAAAAGAAAUGUUGUUUUGCGGUUGUUCUGGAGUCAGUUCUGUCCGGCCACGAGAACUGGGUCUACAGUUGUCAUUGGCAACCAACACAAAUGAAAGACGGUCAGCCUCACCAGCCGAUGUGUCUGCUCUCAGCUUCGAUGGAUAAGACGAUGAUCGUGUGGCAGCAGGAUGAAGAGACUGGAGUAUGGCUUGAUAUGGUGCGUGUUGGAGAGGUUGGAGGGAACACCCUUGGUCUGUAUGGAUGCCAGUUCAGCCCAGAAGGCCAGAGUUUACUCGCACAUGGCUAUCAUGGAGCCUUCCAUCUCUGGCAUUAUAACCAGGAGACUUGUGUCUGGAACCCUGGUGUAACAGUCGGCGGCCAUUUUGAUUCUGUUGAAGACAUCACUUGGGACCCGGAUGACGGAGAUUUCAUUGUCAGCGUCAGUUUCGAUCAGACUUGUCGACUUCACGCGCCCUGGGUGAGACAGCAUGGAAAGGUGCAAUGGAGUGAGAUAGCGCGACCUCAAGUCCAUGGUUACGACAUGCAGUGUUUGACCUUGACCCACAAGUACCAACUCGUCUCGGCAGCAGAUGAAAAGGUCAUACGUGUAUUCAAUGCGCCGAAGAACUUCAUGGAAAACUUUGGUCGAAUAUGUCACAAGGAUGUGAAACAAGCAGUGGAAAAAGUGAUGCAGAUGGACCUCCCAGAGGGAGCUAGCGUGCCGGCCCUCGGGUUGUCCAAUAAAGCCGUGUAUGAAGGUAAGACCCCCGAUGGGGCUGGUGAUGGUGCGUCUCACCACAACAAACACUAUCAGGAAUCUUAUUUCACAGCACUCAAAAUCUCAGAGCCUCCAACAGAAGAGAAUCUCCUGCAGAACACAUUGUGGCCAGAGACACAGAAACUCUAUGGUCAUGGAUACGAGAUCUUCUCCUUAGCUAGCAGUCCCUGUGGUACAAUACUGGCUUCAGUUUGUAAGGCCUCCAAACCAGAACAUGCUGGUAUUAUAAUGUGGGACACGGUGACCUGGCAGCAGCUCUGUGUCCUAGAAUCUCAUUCCCUCACCGUCACACAGCUAGCAUUCUCACACGACGGACGCUAUUUACUGUCCGUGUCCAGGGACCGCACGUGGGCCAUGUUUGAACGGAAGACCCAGGAUGCACCAGAAUCAGACCGGCAAUUCUCCAGAAUAGCUUUUACAGACAAGAAAACUGGUGUCCAUUCGAGAAUCAUCUGGGCGUGCUCCUGGUCACCUGACAACAGGUAUUUUGUAACAGUUUCUCGUGAUAAAAAGGCUGUGAUAUGGGACGUCUCAGAAGCCAGCUCUACCAACCAGUCUAGCUGCCUGGCUGGUGUCAAACCAUGCUCUCAACCAUUGACUCUACCAGACUCUAUCACUGCUGUUGACUUUGCUGCUGUGAUGACUAAAAAUAGUUACAUCCUGGCCUUUGGACUGGAUAGUGGUGCCAUCUAUGUGUACCUGUGGGAGCCAUUAGCUGCCGAGCCGUGGAGAAAAUGUUUACAGCUGAACCAAGAAUGCGCCCAUCAUAUGACUGUGAAGCGGCUGCGAUUCAGAAGACAGCGUGGGCUCGCUGGUCUGACAGAUCAGGACAACAAGGAGAACUGGCUCCAGCUUGGCAGCUGCGGUGCGGACCAUGCGGUGAAAAUAUACAACAUUGACAUUAAUAAACUGACAUCAUGACUGCGAACCGCCAGUAUUCUGUGAGCCUUUUGUGGCAGUCCUGUUUGUAAAGGGGCUUGGUGAUCUCGGAGCCUUGUGGCAGUCCUGUUUGUAAAGGGGCUUGGUGAUCUCGGAGCCUUGUGGCAGUCCUGUUUGUAAAGGGGCUUGGUGAUCUCGGAGCCUUGUGGCAGUCCUGUUUGUAAAGGGGCUUGGUGAUCUCGCAGCCUUGUGGCAGUCCUGUUUGUAAAGGGGCUUGGUGAUCUCGCAGCCUUGUGGCAGUCCUGUUUGUAAAGGGGCUUGGUGAUCUCGCAGCCUUGUGUGUCAAGAUGUCGUUUGUAGACCUGUGUUUAUCCUGUACUGCCUUCAUCAUCCUAAUGGUUGUACUAUACUUAAUAAAUGUCCUCAAAUAUAUCGAUAGCAC